AUGGAAAAUGUCGUCGGGCGAAUCUUGACACCGACUAUCGAAUCGCCACCUGAAGUGUCUGUUCACAUUGCACAGUUUCAACCUACGGAGCGUCCCAUAGAGGACAGAUUCUCUGUUCACCACAGCUCUGAUCAGUCUCGUCUGAUUGUUGGAGUAUACGACGGACACGGCGGUCCUGAGACAGCGGUCCAUGUCAGCCAGAACCUUCCACCCCGUCUGCUCCUGCGUACUGCGGACUGUCAUGGCCAACAAUUCCAGGACCUGGAUGAUGAAAUGCUCUCGGAAUUUAGACGCGAUCACUCUCUGUUCCGUCGUCGGUCUCCGGAAUGGGCGUACCAUGCUCUGUUAAUGAAAUCGGGGAGCACCGCCUUGGUCCUUGAUAUCAAUUUGAGGUCUUUAUUGGCUACCUAUUCGAACGCAGGCGAUUGUCGACUGAUCAUCUUCAACGGGAGAAGUACAGCACUGCUCCAGACGCAAGAUUUCAACGUGAAAACCUCUUCCGAGCGGGAGAGAUUAGCUCGAGAGCAUCCUGAUGAGGAUGACCUCGUCGUCGGCGAUCGUCUCUUCGGGAGACUCAUGUGCAAGAUAUCUAUGAUUGACCAAUAUGCUUCUAUCUUCUACGGAUACAAGACACCGCCGUACAUCACUGCUGCUCCGGAAAGCGCCACAUACCAGCUUGAGAAAGGGGAUGUCGCUAUUCUCGCUACGGAUGGCCUCUGGGAUUUGAUUUCCAGUGAAGAAGCCGCCGCCAUCGUUCUUCAGGGAAUUGCCAGUAAUGAAGGUCACUGCGCCAAGUACUUACUCGCACGAGUCAGGGAAGCCACACCGCCUGGAGAUGAUAUUACCGUUAUCAUUGUGCAGGUCUGA